ACCGAUUUAUUGUCUUCCAAAAACGGAUGCAAAAAUUAGGAACUUGCAGUUGAAUGUGAAUCUCAUUGAGAGCAAGAUACGCGUAAAACCAAAAAUGACCAAACGUAUUGAGUUUGCAAUAACUGAAGAAUUUCAUCUGUGAUUUUAGAUGAUACUAAAUUGAACGUGAACUAAACCUAAAACUCUGAUAAUACAUGUGAAAUUCAUACGAAAUUAAAAUAAAAAAUGUCAAAGGUUCAGAAACUAGUGAACAUAGCACUGGCAGAGUUUCUAGGUACUGCUUCUAUGUUAUUUUUAGUUUGUACCGGUUGUACUUCAGGAAUACAAGGGACAAUUUCGUCGUUACAUUUGAGUUUAUGUUCUGGGCUUUCGGUUAUGGCUGCUAUUCAGAUGUUUGGGCAUAUUUCUGGGGCACAUAUCAACCCUGUGGUAUCAUUGGCUGCUCUGAUGGUGGAUGAGAUCAGUUACCUAGAGAUACCAGUAUACAUCGUUUCCCAGGUACUAGGAUGCUUGGCAGGAUGUGGGUUACAGAAGAUGGUGACUCCGCUCCAACACGAAAUCCAGUAUCCUGGGCGAGGCAUUUGCGUCAACGCUCCUUAUGAGACUCUGACAGACUGGGAGGCUUUGGGAGUUGAAAUCAUACUGACGACUAUUCUAGUUCUUGCUGUCCUGGCCACUUGGGAUAAGCGGAACGGGAAUAAUAUGGAUUCAGUGGCAUUGAGGAUUGGGUUUCUGGUUGGAGUUCUGAAUUUGGCUGCGGGUUCGUACACUGGAGCUAGUAUGAAUCCCGUCAGAAGUUUCGGACCAGCUGUAUGGAGUAACGAUUUCAGAUCUCACUGGGUAUAUUGGGUCGGUCCAACAAUAGGAUCAUUGAUAGCAACCAUCACUUACAAAUAUAGUUUUUUGAGAGUCGAAGUCCAUACCAGGGAAUACAAAUAGCUCAAAAAAUGAAAGAUGUACGAAUACUUACCAUUAUAAGGUUGUUCAAGCUUUUGCUUUGGACGGCUUCAGUGACCACGGAGAGAUCGGUUCUGGAAAUAAAAAUACCUUUAUUGAAAUAAAGUUGUAUCAAAUAUAUUUUAUCUAGUUUCUGUACGAUGUACCCCAGAAGUGUACGAUCUAAGACAUUGUGAUUAAUGCGUUUUUUUUUUGGUGAAGCUGUAGUGUGUUGCACUUGUGCAUAUUUUAAGUUUUUUUCCAAAACCAGUAUAGUCUUUUGGUUCGUACUUUGAACUGUCAGUGUUAUAUUUUACAGUUUUUGUUUGUGGCUAUGCAUACAUU